AUGGAGAUCGCCCGCACCUCCUUGACUCACGCCCGUGCCCCCCAUUUUCUGUGGCUCUACGCGGUUAGGUACGCCGCUCACCAGCUGAACCUCUGGCCACGCGUCUCUCACCCAGAGGCUUCACCGACCAGUCUUUGGACCGGGUCCCCUGGUGUUGCGUCGAGGUUUCGUGUCUGGGGUUGCUUGGCUCUUGUCCGCGUCACUUCCGCGGACAAGCUCUCACCUCGCGCCGUUCCUUGUGUCUUCCUUGGUUUCCUUGAGGACUCCUCUGACUUCACCUUUUACCACCCUCCCUCUCACCGGUUCUUUGACUCCCGUGACGACCGUUUCGAGGAGUCCACCCCCUACUACGUUAGGUACCCCAGCCGAGGUCUCCCAGUUCCUCCUCCCUCUCUCUUCUUGACUUCCGCUCCCCCUCCUGCUCCCCCGGUACAGCCUCCCCCCCCUGGUCCCGCCCCGUCAGGUGUGUCCCAGGCUACCCCUCCCCCCUUGGUAGCCCCUCAGGUACAGCCUCCUUCCCCGCAGUCCUCCUCGCAGCCUGCUGCAGACCUUGCGGGAGCCGGUGCUCAUGGAGAGGGCCCUAUAGGUGCUAGCUCUGGGGGUGCUGGAGUUGAAGCUGAGCCUGUGACGUCUGGGGGUGCUACGUCUGGGGGUGCUACGUCUUUGGGUCCUGGUGAGCAUGGUCGUGUUGCUAUUGGUGGUGCUGACUCUGGGGGUGGUGCGCUAGGUGCUUUGGAGGGCGGUCCCGGGGCUGCCGCAGCCCCCGACACUACCCCUCCCCCCCACCCCUACCCGACCCAGCACCAAGCUCGUGUUCGUCGUGCCCAUGAGGAGCAGCUGGAGUUGGAGAGAGAGGAGAGAGAGUUGCAGCGGCUGGAGGAGCAGCAGCAGCUGGAGCCGCCGCAGCAGCAGGAGGCGCAGCAGCUGGAGCCGCUACAGCAGCAGGAGGAGCAGCAACAGCCGCCGCCGCAGCAGCACAGCAGCCGCCGCCGCCGCCGUAGCAGCAGCAACCGCCGCCUCCUCCUCCUAUCUCUGGUCUUCGGGCCCUCGGUCUCCCCUCACGCUCUCCUUCCUCCUCCCCCUCUCCCGUCUCGGGUCCUCUGCUUCCUCCUCCUGACCCCUCCCCGGCUGUUCUCCCUUGUUCUCAGCCUCCGUUGUCCCCUCCUCCUCCGACUUGGGCCUCUCGUUGCUCCCCUCGUGCUCGUCCUUCGUCUCCUGUUCUCGUUACUGACCUUCGUACUGCCCUCUUUCGUUCUAGUCCGCCUCGUUCGUCCCUGUCUCUUUCUGUCGGUCUUGGUGAAGCGGCCACCGGGAUCACCUCCGGUAUUCAAGGCGCGCUAUGUGGCUAGAGGUUUCAGUAAGCGCGAGGGAGUUGACUUCUUUCAGACCUUCACGCCUACCCCAAAGAUGACCACUCUUCGGGUGUUACUGCACGUAGCAGCACGGAGAGACUACGAGUUACACUCUCUCGACUUCUCCACUGCAUUCCUUCAGGGUAGCUUACACGAGGAGGUCUGGCUGCGUCAUCCCUCUGCCUUCACUGACAAUUUCCCUCCUGGGACCCAGUGGAGGCUGAGGCGACCUGUCGACGUUCUUCGUCAGGCUCCUCGUGAGUGGCACGACACUCUUCGUUCUACCCUCUCUGACCUUGGGUUUUAG